AUGAAACUUCAACGAGAGCCCGGCAGAACCGCAUACCUCAUAUGCCUUCUGCUCGCUCUUCAAUGUACAUGCUUUGUACGAGCAGAGAGCUUUACCUAUCCGACAGCAAAGGAAUAUCAGUUCAUCGUGGGAGACCUGGUCAAUGUAUCCUGGGACGUGGUGACAUCGCGUGUUUCUCUUUAUGAAGUGUGCAACACCAAGGUUCCCUUGCUAUUAAACGUCACAAACCCCUACAGCUAUGUCUGGAAUGCAACCCGCGACAAAUAUAGAGAGUCUGGCUGCGCGUUCGAGCUCGAUUCACUGGACAUGUUCGGUAUUCUUAACCCACCAGUACUCACAAGUGUCAAGAUUGGCGUGAGCAAGCGUCAGAAAGAUGAUCCUCCACCUGAGUUUUAUAACUUGUACAACCCGACCAGCAGCACAUCUAGUAGUACGUCCAGCACCACUUCAAUGAAAUCUACCUCGAGUACCACUUUAGCAACAUCCACCUCUACAUCUCCACAUGGUACAAGCACCGCGGCGGCCGAAACAACAGCAGCAUCAGCAUCCUCCAUUCCAGCUACCACCGAUGACGGCAAUGGUCUUACUGUUGCACAAAAGGUUGGGAUCGGUCUUGGGGUUCCGCUAGGAGUGCUGGCAAUAUCCAUCGUUGGGGCUUUAGGGUUUUUGUAUCGACGUCGAUCUCAAAGGCCGAGUGGUUUGGACGAGCCACCCAAUUCGGAUCAACCCGCACCCUCUGGGAUGCUUGAAGCGGCCAAGGCUCCAUGGGAUCCUCGCAUCUCCAGGGCGGAAACGGUAAUCGCAGAAUUGCCUUCACCGUCUUUUGAAAUGGAAGGAAUAUCAGAGGAGGUGAACCAUCGACCAAUAAGCGAAGUAAUGGGGACUCCUCGGAGUGAGCUUAGUGCGUGA